AUGGUUCACUCAAGCAUUAUCGGUGGCGUCGUCACCCAGAGCGUAGAGUUCGCAGUGCGAAACACGGCGACAAGAGACCCUUUCGCCAAGUUUACCGUUUCUGCCUCGCGCCCGGACGUGCUCAUGUACCUGGUCGAAAACAACGUCGCGGAAGGCCACGCCGUGGUCUGCUACGGCAACUUCCAAAUCUCCAAGUACCGCAACAACCGAGGCGUGAUGGCCAACUCCUUCCGUCUGGCGGCCACGGUGGUGCACCUCGGCUUGCAGUGGCGCACGAUCAUCGGCGACAUGGACGCGGACGCGCCGGUCGCGCAGGUGACAAGAGAAGACGUGCUGGAGCGCCUCGAGGCGACUGCAGCAUUUGCCUCCCGUCCCUCCGACAGCCAAAUGGCCGAAAUGGAGAUCGCAAUCGCAAACAUCGUCGCAGGAUACUUUGCAGAGCGACGCUUGGGCAACUCGCUAUCCGUCGCCCAGCAAUUGUUCGGGCGACUAGGUCGUUGA